AUGGCAUCAGAACGCGUCCUCCCCCGAGUCGCCCCUCUUUCUGUUUGGGCAUCGUCACGCCUCAAUUCUCUCCUGCGAAGCGAGACGACAGACAGGUUCAACAGGAUUUUUGACGCUACUUUCGCCCAAGACCUCGAAGUCGUCCUCAACGGGAAGACUCUCACUCGCGACGAGUACAAGAAGGUGUUACUCGGGCAGAGUGGGGCGGGACCCUCGGCAAUCACAGACGUGCAUAUUGAGGGAGAGACGGUAGUCAACCCAAUCACUUCUGAAGAUCGAAUGGGAGGCUUCGUUGGCAUGUUCUACACACUUACGAGCAUCUCCAAACGUUUCUUUGUGCUCGGCGCACCUGCGAGGCACAAAGACGUCUCUACUAUUAACCUGACGUAUGUCCCAACCGUGAAGUCGACGGUGCCUUACCCGGCCACCCGCUUUCGUUACCCCGACCCACGGAGGAUCACUGCAGUCAACCAGAUUCUCCAGCCCAAGACCCUUAUCGUCUCAUUCCCUGGGUCGGUUCUGCCCGCGAACGAGACUUCUGGCUCUGGAAAGGUAGAGCUAGGACCCGUCAAUAUUACGCAGGUGGAGGAGGAACUCAGUGUUUUGGGGAAUAAAUUCAGCACUGCGUCAGUCCCUGAGGCCGACAUUGACGAGGAAUGA